AUGACUGAAGCUGUUUUCAAACAUACAGUAAAACAAAAAGGAUUAGAGUCAAAAUUUAUAGUGGAUAGUUGUGGAACUAACACUUGGCGCGAACUUCCUAAUUCAAAAAGUGUAGAAGUUUAUGAGAUGAAUUUACUUGAUGCAGAACGUCUUAAACCUGAAGCUUCAAAAUCGAUCGUCAAAUUAUUUGGUGAGUAUGAUCCACAAGAUCCAUAUUUGGGCGAUAUUAAAGAUUACGAAUCAAGUUUUGGCCAGGUUACAAGGUACUUUGAGGGAUUCUCGAAAACUUAA